AUGGAAAACAAAGCUAACGGUUUGACAGACUCCUUCGUGGCCAGACACAAUACAGACCAUACCUUACGCUUGGAAUUGCUCUGUCGUAAUCAAAAUGGCUCACGCCAUGACCAAGGGAUGGGGGCAGAGGUAAGUAAUACUGAAUACAGCAUAGCUUUUAGAUGAGGAGAGGAACACUGAUAUUGCUCUUCUAGGACUACGUAGCGGGUCUGCUGGGGCAGGGCGUUGUAAAAGUCAUUCCCAAUCACUAAAAUUAAAGCUAAGAUCGCAGUUUUCAUUGAGCGACUGCUCCCUUGAGGUGCUUUGCGAUACCUUUACAGACGGAAAUAUACCAAUAUUUGUUUACUUAAACAAACUGACCUUGUUUGAAACAGCUCAAUGAUUUAUGACGCAUCAAAACGAGCAUUCUAAGCGAAUAAAAUGAGUCUACAUCGCCCGCUCAAAGAGCUAUCCAUGUAAUACAUAUUUUUGCAAAUUAUCUUAUUUUGUUUCAUUUCUCCAGAUUGCCGGGUCACACAAUAUUGCUACUGACUCGUCUGCAGCUGGUUGCCCCUCGGCCGAAGUCUUCCCAAAGAACUUUCAAGCUUUAACUUUGUUUGCAUUAUCUGCACUGAACAUAAGACCUUGGAAUGUUGAGUCUUUAGGGUCCGCAAACAACAGUCCUCUUGCAUUAGUGCAAGGAGUAGCCAGAGCAACUGUCCAAAUGAAGAGGAGAAUGCGGGAAAGAGAACAGCGUGAAUCGGAGCGGGAACAAUUUCAAACGAAACCAGAACAGAAGGGAAACCGAGAUUAG